GUCGUAUACGUCGCCUGGCGCUUCUCCAAUUUCUCCUUCACAUUCCGGCACAAUGGCUCCCAUAUCGGAUACGGUCGUCGAUGACCUGAAGAGCACCGUCUCGCGGCUCGAGAAGCGCAUCGCGGAACUUGAGAACCGCUUGUCUGGACAUGGCGGGAGCGCGCAGUCGUCGCAAGAGAGCGUCAGGAUGAUCUUGAUGGGACCUCCGGGUGCUGGCAAGGGCACCCAAGCACCGCGCAUCAAGGAGAAGUUCUGCGCCUGCCAUCUCGCUACUGGAGACAUGCUACGCGCACAAGUCGCGGCAAAGACGCCGCUCGGCCGAGAAGCCAAGAAGAUCAUGGACGCUGGAGGUCUCGUCAGCGACGAGAUCAUGGUCAACAUGAUCAAGACUGAGCUGGAGAGCAACGAGGAGUGCAAGAACGGCUUCAUUCUCGACGGUUUCCCGCGAACCGUAACCCAGGCCGAGAAGCUGGACGGUAUGCUCACCGCAACCCAAAAGCCCCUCCAACACGCCGUUGAGCUCCAAAUCGACGAUGCCCUCCUCGUCUCGCGCAUUACUGGUCGCCUGAUCCACCCCGCCUCCGGCCGCUCGUACCACAAGAUCUUCAACCCACCCAAGGCCCCUAUGACCGACGAUGCCACGGGCGAGCCGCUGAUCCAGCGCUCAGACGAUAACGAGGAUACGCUUAAGAAGCGCCUCGCAACGUACCACGCUCAGACUAGCCCCGUGGUGGCCUACUAUCAAAAGACGGGUAUCUGGAAGCCCAUUGAUGCGAGCCAAGAGCCUGGCCAGGUCUGGAAGAGCUUGCUCAAGGUCUUCGAUGACAAGGCGAAGAUUGCUGGCCGGACGGGCAGCUUGCUCAACAAGAUCGGCCUCAAGAACUAGACCGAGUUCACCUCGGUACUAGAUGUAGAGUAGAGAGCUGGAGAAGAUGAGCUGUGGAUGAUACGAACGGUAUCGACGUUACGGCCCAUGAAUCUUGGUGAAUGGUCAUGUUUGGAAUCACGUAAAAGUCGGCCUCGGGACUCUGCCGCGGGGAAUGCACAUAUGUAACAGAAGGUUCCUUGUACUUGUACAGAAGCAUCAGGAUCGGGUGGCAGGAGUACUUGGAGGGGUCCUGUGUUUCUAUUGUAUGUUCAGACACUUUUGUAGCCUGCUUUUGGAGAAUGUCCAAGGUUGACUUGUCGGAGAGCUUCUUGGAAAUGCAUUUGUAGCUGCAGACAGGCGUCUUGACACUGCGUGCGUGAGAGUGAACACCCCUUGAGGACAACCGUGAGUUUGACUUCAGGCGUACCAUUAUAUGUACCUAUUGCCAAUGAUUCGCAACCACAAGGC